UGGCGCUGGAGCCGGAGCGGCGGCGGCGGCGCGCUCCGGCACGGGCUCGGGCUCCGGCAUGGUGCAAUCCGGCCUCGUCCCGGGAAAGCGGGGCCCGCGCGCGGGGCCGGCGCCGGGGGAGCGGCGGCAGCGACGGUGGCGGCGGUGGCUGCAGAAGCAAGCAGGCGGCAGGUGCUAGAAGCGGAGCUGGGCGAGGUGUGUGCCCGCUGGGCUCCGGGGCCGCCGCUCCCUCGCUGCCCCCAUCUUUCCCUCCCUUCGGGAUUCCCAGCGCGUCCAGCCCCCUGUCUCCGCGUCCCGGCCCAUGGCGCCCCGCGGUUGAGCCGGCGCCGCCAGGGACCCCUCCCGCGGGCCUCCCCGGGGCGCGCAGAUCCCGGAGCCGCCCGCCCACCCUCCGCGGAGUCUCCCUCCCCUCCUCGCCCGAGCCGGGCGGGACCAUGGCUGCGAAGCUGCGAGCGCAUCAGGUGGACGUGGACCCGGACUUCGCGCCGCAGAGCCGGCCGCGCUCGUGUACCUGGCCCCUGCCGCAGCCCGACUUGGCCGGCGACGAGGACGGAGCGCUGGGUUCAGGGGUGGCUGAGGGCGCCGAGGACUGCGGGCCGGAGCGCCGGGCGACGGCCCCGGCGAUGGCCCCAGCGCCGCCGCUGGGCGCGGAGGUCGGACCGCUGCGGAAAGCGAAGAGCUCCCGGCGGAACGCGUGGGGGAACCUGUCCUACGCCGACCUCAUCACCAAAGCCAUCGAGAGCGCCCCGGACAAGCGACUCACGCUCUCGCAGAUCUACGACUGGAUGGUCCGUUACGUGCCCUACUUCAAGGAUAAAGGCGACAGCAACAGCUCGGCUGGCUGGAAGAACUCCAUCCGGCACAACCUGUCGCUGCACACCCGUUUCAUCCGCGUGCAGAACGAGGGCACGGGCAAGAGCUCCUGGUGGAUGCUGAACCCCGAGGGCGGAAAGACAGGCAAGACCCCUCGGCGGCGGGCCGUGUCCAUGGACAACGGGGCCAAGUUCCUGCGCAUCAAGGGCAAGGCGAGCAAGAAGAAGCAGCUGCAGGCACCUGAGCGAAGCCCCGAUGACAGCCCCCCGGGCGCGCCAGCCCCGGGGCCUGUGCCCGCCGCGGCCAAGUGGGCCACCAGCCCGGCCUCGCACGCCAGCGACGACUAUGAGGCGUGGGCCGACUUCCGGGGCGGCGGGAGACCCCUGCUCGGGGAGGCGGCCGAAUUGGAGGACGACGAGGCCCUGGAGGCCCUGGCACCCUCGUCGCCGCUCAUGUACCCGAGCCCGGCGAGCGCGCUGUCGCCCGCACUAGGUGCGCGCUGCCCCGGGGAGCUGCCCCGCCUGGCCGAGCUGGGGGGCCCGCUGGGGCUGCACGGCGCGCCCGGUGGCCUCCUGCUGGACGCGCUGCCGGGGCCCUACGCGGCGGCCGCCGGGCCGCUGGGGGCUGCGCCCGACCGCUUCCCGGCCGACCUGGACCUCGACAUGUUCAGCGGGAGCCUCGAGUGCGACGUCGAGUCCAUCAUCCUCAACGACUUCAUGGACAGCGACGAAAUGGACUUCAAUUUCGACUCGGCCCUGCCUCCGCCGCCGCCCGGCUUGGCCGGGGCCCCGCCCCCCAACCAGAGCUGGGUGCCGGGCUGAGGGCCGCCUCCCGCGCCCCGGGUGCCCCGCCCCGCCCCCAAGGGGCUUCCGUCUUCCCGUCCUGAUCCCCUGGGCCCCAUCCCCGAUUCCAGCUCCACGGGAGGAUCCGAGAGGCAGCCCCAGGCCUGCUAGAGACGUCCCUCAGAAGCUGACCGCGGAGGGAAGUGGUGGGGAGGGGCUGGGGCACCUGCAGGUCUGGCCCAAACUCCUGAGACCCGCUCCUCCUCCCCUCCCUUCUCCACCCCAGGGGGCAGGAGGCCUGGGCUGAGCUGAAUUUCGGGCUGGGUGGGAGUGGGGACAGCCAGGGGGGCUGCGCUGGCCGGCCUGGGAUACCAACCAGGAGGUGUGACAUGGGGCUGGGGGCGUCUCUGAAUCUUCAAGUUUCAUUUGCAGGGGCCCUCGCCACGACGGAUCACCCACCCCGAAUUCCGGAUCUGAUUCCCAAUUGACACCUUCCCACUGGUCUUAGCCUCACCCACCCCAAGCCAGGAACCCCCUCCUGGAAGCACUCACACCUACCUGUUGGCUGUUCACCCUGAGCUGUUUUCCUUCAGCCCUAAACCACCCUUAGAGCCCCCAUUCCCAUGGUUCAGCCCCUUCCUCCUAUCCUUGCAGGCCCUAGCUUCUCCUCUCCUCUCAGGCUGGAGUCAAUACCCCUUUCCACCCCCGCCCCCCAGUACUGGUCUCAGCCUCUCCAGCAGGCCUCAGCUCCGGAUACACCCCCCAAACCGACACCCCUUUCUCCGUUCCAGUCCUGCCUCCUCUCCCGUAUUUAUAAGUGUCCGGUCGGGGCGGGCUGUGGGCGCGGCGUCCCCGGCGCAUAUCGUAGGCAGUGUACCGUGGCCGUGCCGUCAGCGUGUGCGUGUGCGUGUGUGCCGUGUCGAGGCCGUGUAGAGUGCAUUGUACAGCAUAUUUUCAUGAAUAAAAUUGUUUUAAAUAUUUCCCGAGCCUUGGGCUAGCAGGGGUGGUGAUGACGGAGCAAGAUCAUUGGUGGGGGUCCCUGUGCCCGAGCCCUUAUUGCGGC